GUCGGCUGUAGUUUUCCAGCUGGUCGACUUUCUCCAGUAAAAAGUCAUUUUCUUUACUUAGUUUUGGACGCGAGAAUCUAGGCCCACCAGCUGGUCCUCUGCUGUGCUAAUGCGGUCCUCCGCUUCGGUUAUGCGGGAGCUCAGUGUAUCCAGCAUUGUUUUCAGUCCAGAGAUAGAUUGGUUAAUUUCUGCGGUUUGUCGAGUUUACUGGAGAGAGCUUGAUUACCGUUUCGUAUCUCUUGAAGAAUGAGUGAGUCUUUCACACCACCCAGGUGCUCUUGUGCUGCCGCCGCUAUGACAUGAACUUCUUCGUCGCUAUUCUCGGCAGUUGUUUUAUCAAUAGAUGUCGGAGUUUGCUCAUCAGCUGACUUUAGUUGUUUGUUUCUGGUUCCUCGGAACCUGUCCAACCCGGUUGGGACUGAGUUUAAAAAAUGUGUCUGUGAAUUUCUAGAAAAUGAUUUUAACGUCAUCGCAAAUGGAAAAUGCACAACCAAAACCUUGAGAACAGUUAUUUCUGUCCAGUAGGUGACAGUAUAACGGUUAUAACGGUUCAGAAAGGAAAUAGGGUUGUCCUUGUAUUUGAUAUUCCCUGCACAUGAACUCUCAGGAAGUACUCUUUUCCAAAGCCUUUAUCAGGUCUUAUGAUCAGUUCUUGUCUCAUUCAGUUAGAUUGUGAUAUUUAAGUUUGACACAUACGACGUCAUGCCAGUACAUUCAUAUUCAACGCAUGUUAAGUCUUACGCUUGUUGUGGCGCCGCACCACAGACGAAGAGCUGCCUGAGAGAAGAUACUCAGGGUUUAAAUAACAGUACUUCUGCCCCGCCUUCUCCGAGAGAUCGUUAAGUUUAACUCCAUCCAGUUUCCGUUGAUGGUGUAAAUAUGGCGGCAAAGGAAACUGUAGUCGGCAACAAAGCUGAAGUGGAAGCUACUGUCAACCGCUGGAUAGUCGACUACUAUUCAUUUCUAUCGUUGGACUUGUUUAAAAACGAGAAAUACGAAGAGUUCUGUACCAUUAGAGAUUUAAUUCACAGUGUCUUGGCUCGUCCUUUGGAGUCCUCCGACGUAAUGCAAACAAAGAUCCGAGUGUUGCAGUUCCUCUCUAGGAUAAAUGACGGUGAACAUCUUGACCUGUUGUUUGAGUCCGAUGAGUCACUCACUCCUCUAGAAUCAGCCUUAAUGGUCCUAGAAAAUAUAUCCCAGGAGUACAGUACAUCAUUGCCACAGCAGGAUUUCAACAGUGUACACUCUUCAUUGAAAGAGAUGAUGGUGGGGUUGUUCAUUAAGAACAAUCAGUUCGACAAAGCAAAAGAGGUGUUGAACAAACACUUUCCCAAAUCAAUGGUUGGUAAGAAAGCGAUAUUCAUGGGUCUCAUCAAGAAGAAGAGUAACGUGCAUGAAGUCAUCGAGCAAAUCGACUUCCAACGGUUCAAGAAAGAAAUGUUGGCUUUUUGCCAGAGUCUCUGCCCGUUCAACGUUCCCUUUCUCCACAAGGCUGCCACACAGCUUCUUGAUAAAAGGAUUGCGGAGCAAGACGUCAAUGCCGCUGGACCUGAUGAGCAAGACGAAGCAGGUCCCUCCUCCAGUCCACCAGCAAACACCAUUCAGUUUGUCCCAUGUAAAUACACAACAAUCCAGAGGACCAGGCUGGAGAUGGCCUACAAGGCUUUGUCUGCAAGUUCAGAUGAGGGAAUAUUUGCUCAGCUGGACGACGAAGUGGAGGAGGAGGAGGAGCAGGCGAGAAAGGAAGCUCUUUCGCGGCGCUUCUCACCUGCUCCAAAGGAAGGCACCAUUCUGGACUCGGAGCAGGAUGGGCUAUUUCAGAGAGACUCUGGAAGCCCCAUGGAGGCUUCCCCAGCAGACCAACCACCACAAACCGAUGCUGUCCCUCAAACAGAGUCGGGUUUGCUUCCAAAGACGCCUCCGGCGCUGAGAAACAGGCACCUUCACACUGUGGCACGACUGGUGGUGGAGCCGGACAGCCAGGGGAGCUCUCAGUGCACAGCAGCUUCACAGGAGCAGGAGACGGAUGUCAGAGCAGAGGAGCCACCACAGCCACCGGCUAUACCCGAUAAAGACUCUCAGAGCCUGGUGGACGAUAUUGAGGUUUCCAAACCCAUGCGGAAGAUCCCCAGACGAGCCAACAAAAUUUGCAGCAGAGCCUCGACUAGUUGGGCAGAGUUGUCAGCAGACAGCGAGGAGGACCAGCCUGGCUCUGUGGGAAAACAACACGACCAGUCCAAAAGUUUACUCAGCAGGGUUCCAGAAGCUGUCAGUAUCAUAGAUUCCUCGUUGGACUGCUCAUCCGAACUGUCCACCGUCCCCCAAACGAGCUCUACUCCAAACAAGGACUCUGCUGAAGACCAAGCUCCUUGCCACUCAAAAUGGAAACGGCUGUACAAUACUGCAAAGGAGAGCAAGGAAACAUGGAGUGAUGAAGAAGCCGGUCCCAGCUCCAGAAAGAAUACCAGAGAGCACAACGAGAGCACCAUUUCAAAUUCAGGCCACAGGAGGAAGUGGAGUGAGAGUGAGACAAAUAAGUUGAAAGAAGGGGUCCAAAAAUUUGGGGAAGGAAACUGGACAAAGAUCAAAGCAUAUUACUCCUUCAACGGCCGAACAAACGUCAACCUCAAGGACCGGUGGAGAACACUGAAGAGACUGAACAUGAUUUGAGUAGUUCAAGUGGCCAGAUGGACAUUAUACAUUAAUCUCUUGGUACCUAAAAUGAAAUGUAUUAUUCUCAAAGGCAUUUGGGUUAUUCCUCUUAUUUAUAUGUAUUUUUCUCCUAUUUCUAUAUCUUAUUGUAGUUCAAUAAAUUUUCAGGGUUAGAUUUGUGGAAUUAGUCGUCUUUACUUAUAGAAAAAAAAAAAAACUGCAAAGGUGUCUUGUAUGCAUUUUCACUGCAGCCAUACUUCAGUAGCAAGCUCGCCAAGACAAAGAUAUUAUGGAUUUAUUUUAAAGAUGACAUUUACAAAAGAAGAUCACAGAUCAUUUUGAUCAGGAGGCUCUGAAUGGGGAAUCCUGUAGCUGGGCAGAUUAGAGUCAAUAGAGUGUGCAUUGGAAUCAUAGGACAGUUGUAACAUCUGCUACUAAGACACUCUUGGAUCCAACCAACCUCUCCUGAUAAAAGAAACCGGCUGCUCUGGGUGUGAAACUCAGUGAAUGUUGCCGAGUAUGAAAUGGGUUGAGAAAAGAAGCCAUUGAUGCAUCUUUAUGUUAAUGUGUCUUCAUUCCGGAUGAACUCUCCUACGUCGGCCUGGUGGAACACUACGAUGGACAUGGGGUCCAUUUGCCGACACUCCUGGGUACACUUGGCUGCCACUCCAAAACCCUGAGAAAUGAAAGACACGUGACUGAACAAGGACAAAUGGUCAUAUGAUCUAAAUUUAACUAUUCAAGCAAAUGCAGUGUUCUGAAUGAUGCAUUAUUGUGAAGAAAUGCACUCUGAUUUAAGUGCCUCUUAUGUGAGCAAUGAUCCCAUGUGCAUUUUCAGCAUGAGUGGCCCCAGGGCCUUCAUAUUGACCCAUAUUAGUCGACCACUAUAUCUUCAAAAUAAACUGUUUGGUUUUCUAAUCAUUGGGAAACUAAAUGGGUGAACCGCAUUCCAACACACUCAUAGGUUGACAAGAAAAACGUUCCGAUUGAAAGCGUUGAGGUCACAAAGUGAAUGAUUUCUGUGAGCAAUAUGGCAUAUUUCCAAAGCUUACCAGAGGCACAUCUGUCAAGGAGUAGACCACAACUCCCUGGUACUGCAUCGUGUUCUCAGUGAUUCUCCCAAGCCCAGACUUCAGCACAUGGUUCCCAUAGAGGAAAGACUGCUCUGAUCCAGGUUUCAACCACACCUUGAACUAGAAGACAUGACAGGAAGCUUCAAGUAACUCAUAUAUGCAUGAGAUGAAAUGUUUUAAUUAUAUAUGUAAAUAUUUAUAAAAUAAAUAGAACAGGAUACAUUGUAUGCAGAAACAUCA